AUGACUCUCAGGAGAACAACUUAUGUCGAGCAUCUACUCAAGAAGCCACAAAGUGAGCUCCAGAUUGGCCUCUGCAAGUGUGCUGCCAAUAAUCAAGUCAUCAACCUUGGCACUGCCGAAAAUCACAUGAUCGACCAUCUUCUUUUACCUUUAUUACAGAGCAGACCAGAGUUUAAGACAUGUGAUCUCUCUUAUUGCUCUGCUUGCAACACUCAAAAGCUCAGACAAGCCAUUGCACAGCUUUAUGUCGACCACAUGGGCAUGAAGAAUGUCAAUUCCAAUCAGAUCUUAUUUGGAAGUGGAAUUGCUCAUCUUCUUGAGAGAGUUGGAUUUGCCCUGGCUCAGAAAGGCGACCUUGUUCUUAUUCCAAAGCCUUGCUUUGGAUGUUUCGAGCCAGACAUGUAUCCUUGCGGCUGCUCAUUUGAAUACAUUGAUCUUGAUAAUCUCCCAGAGAAACCACCUGAAAAUGCCAGGAUCCUUAUUCUGACAAACCCAGGCAAUCCUAUUGGAGACAUUAUCCCUAAUCAAGAUAAGAUUCUUAAAUGGGCUUAUCAGAAUCCUAACCUUCAUAUCCUUUUAGAUGACAUUUACGCAUUAACCAUCCGCAAGGGAGAAUUCACCUCAAUUAUGGCCCAUCCAGAUGUUGAUUUGACAAGAACACAUCAUCUUUACGGCAUUUCCAAAGACUGGGGCAUGGCUGGCUUCCAUAUUGGAAUCUUCUACACUGAAAACAAAGAUGUGUUUGAAACUGUUAAGCUCUGUAUGGGCUGCUACUCAAUGGGAAGUGAUACUCGCCAGCUCCUUGAAACAAUCUACUGUAACCACGAGCUUAGAGAUAAACUCAUUGUAGAAUCAAGGAAAGGACUCUCUCAUAAUAUCGGAGUUGCAGAAACAUUAUUGCAAGAAGGCGGAAUUAAAUUCAAUCAUUGCGAUGGUUCCUUGUUUAUCAUGAUUGAUCUGACAGACAUUGCCCAUAAUAAGGAAGAAGAAAAGAAGAUUUGGUUGGAUCUCAUUGAAAGAUUCAACGUCCAUAUCCUUCCUGGAGCAAAUGGUUUCAGAUAUCCAAUUCCAGGUUGGUACAGACUUUGCUUCUCUGUCGACGAGCAGAAGCUUCGCAAUGGCAUUGCUGCUUUGAUCAAGGGCGUCAAAACAAUUCGCGCAGAAAAUUCUUUAUAUUUUUAA